UAAAAAUAAAAAUGGAGUCAUCAUGUGUCCCGCCAGGCUUCAGAUUCAGGCCAACAGAGGAAGAACUAGUAGGUUACUAUCUAAAGAGGAAAGUGAACUCACUCAACAUUGAUCUUGAUGUUAUCAUUGACAUUGAUCUCUACAAUAUGGAACCAUGGGACAUUGAAGAUAAUUGUAAAUUGGGAUACGAAGAGAAGAACGAGUGGUACUUUUUUAGUCACAAAGAUAAGAAAUAUCCAACCGGGACUAGAAUGAAUAGAGCUACGGCUGCUGGAUUUUGGAAAGCGACGGGUAGGGAUAAAGCGGUUCUAUCUAAGAAUAGAGUAAUUGGGAUGAGGAAAACUCUAGUCUUUUAUAAGGGUCGUGCCCCGAAUGGUAGAAAGAGUGAUUGGAUUAUGCACGAAUAUCGUCUCCAAACAUCAACAAACGAUGUUCCUCAGGAAGAAGGAUGGGUAGUUUGUCGCGCAUUCAAGAAACCAAUUCCAAAUCAAAGGCCACAUGUAAAUAUGGAAACUUGGAAUAGCAAUGGAUGUUCAUAUCUGGGAGAGACUAGUAAUUCUCGGAUGAUCAUGAUUCCUGAAAAUACCGAAAACGUAUUAGGGCUUGGCUCAAACCAACUCAUUGCAUGCCCUAAGCCGUCCAUUAAUUUACAUCAAGACCUUUUUGAACCAAAUUAUUCGUUUAUAGACAAUCAAACUAGUACCGACUAUCAACAAUUUCUACCACAGGAGACCAAUAUUGUCGGAAACAAUGAAAUAGAACAAUAUGUUGAUUGGAAAGACUUCGACGACAUUGUUUCAAACCGAUCGACACAAGUAUUCGAGCCGUCAUCGGUGCCUCAUCUCCAAAAUCUAGGAACCCAAGAGUAUACACAUUUUGGGUGCUUUCCUAACAUGCAAUAGCUAGCUAGCUAGCCAAUUAUUAUAGCCAUGCAUCACAUUAUGUUUGAUCACUAGCUAGCUAGGGUUUAUGUUAAUUUUCUCCUUUUCCAAGAAGAUUAAUUAAGUAUAGAUAUAUGGUAUUGAAACUAAUAUUCUUCAUGGAUCAUAAUAAGGUCAAACUGUCUAGGAAGUAAUUAUGGGAUAAAUUGAUUAAUUAUCUCAAAGUUGUAAAAGCAGAUCAUUCACUUUUAUCUGAUUUCUUCUGCUAAGUUUUUUUUUUUUACAUCUGUAAAUUAUGCGAAAGCAUAUUAUUAGAAGCAAA